AUGAAUUUUAUUGUUAACCAUAAUGAAGAUAUUUAUAAAGUUUGGAAAAAUUGUCGUGGAAAUCUUAAGUUAACAUCUCCUGAUAUUCAAAAGGAUAUUGUUAAAGCUGCUACAACGGUCACUACUAAAGUUAUACUGGAUGAUCUUGGAGAUGAUUUAUUUGCUAUUUUAAUUUAUGAAUCUCGUGAUAUCUCAAUGAAGGAGCAAAUAAUUAUGGUUAUACGUUAUGUAAAUAAUGAAGGAAAAGUUAUUGAGCGUUUUCUUGGUGUUGUUCAUGUUUCAAAUAUUAGUGCUCUAACAUUGAAAUCGGGUUUGGAGUCAUUAUUUGCAAAAUAUGGAUUAAGUUUGUCAAGGAUAAGUGGAAAAGGCUAUGAUGGAGCAAGUAAUAUGCAGGGUGAAUACAAUGGUCUAAAAAGCUUGAUUUUUAAAGAGAAUUGCUAUGUAUUUUUUAUUCAUUGUUUUGCCCAUCAACUCCAAUUAGCUCUUGUGACAUUAGCAAAAAAGCAUUCUAAAAUUGCUUUAUUUUUUAAUUUGAUUGCUACUUUGUAUAAUGUUGUUGGAGCAUCAUGUAAGUGCCGAGAUAUUCUUCGUGAAAGUCAAGCUACAAAAGUGAAACAAGCAUUGGAACAUGGAGAAAUCUCUAGAGGACGUGGCUUGAAUCAAGAAAUGACAAUUAAGAAGGUGGGGGAAACAAUAUGGAGCUCACAUUAUGGUACAUUACUUAGUAUAGUUUCUCUGUUCUCUUCUAUGAUUAAUGUGCUAGAAAUGGUUGAGGAAGAUGGAACAGAUUUAGAUAAAAAAGGUGAAGCACUAAUGCUGAUGAAUUAUAUGCAAACUUUUGAAUUUAUUUUCAUCUUGCACUUGAUGAAAAUAGUUUUAGGAGUUACACAUGAUUUAUCUCAAGCAUUACAAAGAAGUGAUCAAGAUAUUGUAAAUGCUAUGAAGUUAGUAAAAGUGUCCAAAAUAAGGCUAUAA